GGGAGCCGAGUGCUUGGGGUGCCGAAAUAAAACUCGCUUUGCGGGAAGUUCUGAUUCAGGUAAUCCCUGGAAGUUGUUAAUAACCUAUAGACUUAGUUCCAGUUUGCUCCAGUGUAGGGAUUAAUUUUGCCAUGAAUAUUUCUUUCCGGUGUUCCAGGUCUUUUAAUUUGAAAGAACCUUGUGAAGUUGACGCAGAGGUCUGUUAUUUUCUGCUUAAGCCAAAGCAACAAGGAGGUUGCCCCAAGCCUUAAAGCAUCUGUAGCGGCACCUCCAAGAGAGGUAGUUUUCCAUGUUUUCUUCAGAGCUGGGAGAUGGCACAGCACAGGUUGGAAAGGCAAGUGGAGCCUCCGGCGGCAGCCCUGCCGAGUGCUCCGCAAGUUUUUUGGCUUCUUAGAAGAAUUGUGUAUUUUCACAGUCAGCUCCCAAGUGCUUCCUCCAAGGGCUCCCAGGCUGGUUGCGUGUCACGGAUGCUUAGGUAACCUCAGCGCGAUGUUCGAGUUGGGGCUUUCUCUCUUGAGCUUUGCUUUGCCAGAUCUUAGAGGUCUUUUCCAGCCUAAAUGAUUCCAUGAUUCUGUUCAGGUCAGAGACUUGCAGUGUUGUGACAAAGGGUGGGGUGUAUGCCACUAAGGGAACAGUCUUUAAGGCUCUCACAGAGGUGUGCCAGGGUGGUGGGAGCCUAACAGGGGGUGAAACCCCAGUGCAGGUUUGCAGGACAUAGAAUCAUAGAAUAUCCUGAGCUGGAAGGAACCCACAGGGAUCAUCGAGUCCACCUACUGGCCCUGCAGAGGAUAACCCAAAAAAUCACACCAUGUGCCUGAGAGCACUGUCCGAAAUCUUGAUAUUCUCAUAACUUCCAUGAGGUGUAUUUGAAGCAUAUAGAGCCUGAAAUGUAAUCAUUGUUCUCUGCAGACUUUCAAGGAGUUGUCAUGUCUUACUCACUUGUCACUGGAAGCAAGGUGUGGUAGCAAAUCCCACACUGGUCCUGUGCUGUUUUCUGGCAGAGCAGUGGCACUGUGUUUAAAACAGGAUGUGUAUGCUCUGGGUAAAGGUCCUACACAGUUUCUAUCAGUAAAAACUCUGAAUCAUUUCAAGAGCUCACUUGUUUACAAGCACAAGGUCUGCAGGAAUGUUGGAGAUUUGUCAUAAGAGGAGGGAAAGGUCCCAUCGGUUUGGUCCAUGAGAGGUUUAUUCCCACUCGGUGUGUGGGACUGUCAUGCUGCAGCCAGUGGCAGCCCCUGUGAGUGCAGCUGUGGGUGGGCAAGCCCAGGGGGUGAUGGGGACAGGACCCCCUGUGGUGGUCAGGACCCGGCUGCACGAGUGCACUGACCAGCACCCCACAUACCUGCAGCCCCUCCUCUCAUCCCCCUCUCUCUGUUUUCCCACACUCCUCCCUGGGGAUCACCUCGAUCCCUGCCUUUGGCCCUUCCCCUGGACACCUCCAUUGCAUGCCUUUGCUGGGCUGAGGGGCAGCAGAGUCCCCUCCAUGUCCCCACUCCCUGCUCAUUCCCUAAGAUGGAAGGCAGAUAUCUUUCCAUCCAUUCAUCCCUCCCUCCAUGCCGGGCAGAGGAACAAGCACUGUGCCAUGAGAAUGCAUCAUUUGUCAUCCCCGGGACAAGAAGCCUGUUAUUUCUGUGCAUUCUGGCACCCCCAUGGACCACGUCCCACAGAAAUCAGUCACUCUUGCUCCUUAAAACUGCCGUGGUUUUGGCCUAGAUAAUUUGGACCUUUAUCCCCACUGUGUCUCCAGAUGCAGAAUCCAGCUGUUGUUUGGUUUUGGGCACAUGCUGACAAAACAUGCUAGGAGCAUUCAGUUAGGCUGGAGAUAAGCUCACUGUGCUGGACGUGUCUGGAGAUUUGGAGGCGGGAAGGCACUUUGUAAUCCUUUAUUUAAGUAAAUAAUUAUUAAAAUAUCGUGGGAUUCCUUAAGGUGAUUGGAUGCAGAGGUCUGCAGAGUCUGUCUUCUUGCAGCAGGAGGGGCUGCUAGUCCUUCUAGAGCAUAUUGUGAGCCUGACCUGCCUUCAGGAUGAUUGUGGGUGUGUGCGAUUUGUUUGCCCCAUAAAACAUCAGUCAGAGUCCGUUCUGGGGACACCACCCAAACAAAUAAAUGGACUGUUAUGGCCUAAUUGCACCUAAGAAAAGGUGCAAAAGGAGGACACUGCCAGAUCAGCUCAGGAAGGACCUCCAGGCAGGCAGGGUGGUGGAAAACUAUUGCACCAGCAACAUCUUUCAGUUUAAACGAAAGACCAAGAAGAUUGGCAGGGGCUGCACGUGGCUGAUGUGAGCCUGCCUGCUGCCUGUGGGCCCCUCUGCCUUCCUUCUCCCAUCCCAUCUCCAAGGAUAGGGGAUUGUCCCACUCCUGCCCCCCAAACCUGGGACCAAAACUGAGGAAAUCCUGAUGAAAUCUUGCCUGCAGCAAUGUCUUGAAACUAUUCCUGCAGAAGCUGUGCUGUAAAUUCCUGUCAGAGGCAUAUCAGAUAUCUCAUCAUCUUCAGCCUUUUGCUGGGACUCAUCUUCCUGUCAGGAUUCUUCCAUAGGAUGGAUAAGGAUUAUAGAGUCUUCAACAGCCUCGGGGACCAAGCUGUUGCCUUCCUGCAGAAUCUCAAACAGCCACUGCCGACCACUCCCACGUCGUGCCAUGCCAAGACAAACGUCAUGUUCCUCAAGACCCACAAGACAGCCAGCAGCACCGUGCUCAACAUCAUGUUUAGGUUUGCAGAGAAGUACAACCUCACCGUCGCCCUCCCUGCUGGCCAGCUCUUCCACCUCGGCUACCCGAGGACUUUCAUGGCCCACUUUGUGGAGGAUUUUGAAGCCAUAGGCCAAAACUACAACAUCAUGUGCAACCACAUGCGGUUUAACCCCUCGGAGGUGCAAAAGGUGAUGGCACCCAACACCUUCUACUUCUCCAUCCUGAGGAACCCCAUUCCUCUGCUGGAGUCUUCCUACAUCUACUACAAGAACGCUGUCCCUGCCUUCUGGAACUCCAAGGAUGUGAACGAGUACCUGGCGUCACCCACGAGGUAUUACCACCCAAAGCAUUACGGGCAGAACAUCUACGCCAGGAAUAUUAUGUGGUUUGACUUUGGCUACGACAACAACGCAGAGGAUAACACAAACUACACCCAGGCCAUCCUCGAGGAGAUCGAGCAGAACUUCCACCUCAUCCUUAUAGCAGACUACUUUGAUGAGUCCAUGAUCCUCUUGAAGCACACUUUGUGCUGGGAUCUGGAUGACGUGAUUUACUUCAAGCUCAAUUCCAGAAGUCAGGACACUGUCCAGACUUUGACUCCGGAAAGUGAGGAGCGGAUAAAAGCAUGGUGCUCGCUGGACUGGAAGCUCUACCUGCACUUCAACCAGAGCUUCUGGAGGAGAAUUGAGGAGACCAUAGGGCUGGAGGUGCUGGAGAAGGAGGUGGAUCACCUGCGAACCAGACAGAAGGAGCUCAUGGAGACCUGUCUCUUGGAGCAGGAGCCAGUGGGGAAGGAACACAUCAGGAACAAAGCUCUCCAGCCUUUCCAGUCAGGGGCUGCAAAUAUCCUGGGGUACAACCUCAAACAGGACUUGGACAACAGGACUCUGAGAACCUGCCAGCAAAUGGUCAUUCCAGAGCUCCAGUACACGUCCUACCUUUACAAGGUCCAACACCCGCAAAGGAAGGGGAAGCCGCUGGGAUUGCCAUUGCCAUGGACCAGUCUCCAGAAGAGGAUGCAGCUCUCAAAUACCAACUAGGACACAUUACAACCCACUGUGGCUUCCCACUGCUUUGCAUCACCCCAUGUCUGGCAUGUGACUGACCCACACAAGACAGGACUCUUGUGCAUGAAGGGGAGGCAGUGGGGGCUUUGUUCAGGGUCACCAAGUUGGUGGUUGGUCCCUUUUUGGGGACCUUGAGCCAAAGGCUCUGCGUUGGUCAGAUCCUGCGUGAUCUUUCCUGCCUGUUCCCAGCUGGGGAGUGCUGGGCAGGCUGCAGCUGGCAUAGACAUUCCAGCUUCUUAAUCAUUAAUCACAGGUGUGAUCAUUUGCCUGCUUUAAUUUCAUUUGAUAUCCAUGACUACAUCCAAUCUGGUCACAGCUCACUGGAGCAA